AGCGGCCAAUUUGAGCUAACAAACAAACUACAGAGACAAUAACAACACAAAAUUAUCAUAACAAUUCAUAUCUCCUGAAAAGCUUCCUCAUUUUCAUAUGAUAGAGAAGAGUUAAAAGGUUGAAGCUUCAAACUCAGUGGAACAAAAUAAAUAUGCCCUUUGGUAUAAUUCACAGGUGUUACUUUUCAUUCCCAACAUUACCCAAAGGAAGAUUAAACCCUGUUUGGUCUCGCCAAGCCCACGUCCCAGACAGCAACAACAAUACAAAAGUUUUUUCAUUGAAACAAAUGACAGAGAAGAGCUUAGGAUUAGAACCACUGGGUGACAAGCUAAUUGCAUAUUUUGCUGAGCGGAUGAUAUCUGAGGGAACUCUCCGGAGAAAUUCUGUUAUGCAGUUAUCUGGUGUUCAGGCUGUCAUGGCUUUCCCUUGUAGACAAAAUGGGGUGCUCGUUGGUUGCAAGUACCAAACCUGCCGGGAGAAAAAAAUUUGGCAGGAGAGGGGCACAGAGAAAUGGUUAUUUGGAUUUGAUGAUAUAAAGGAAGCUGCUGAAAUCAAUUGUUGAAGAUGAAAUGGAUAAGCUUGCGAUGGAGGAAGCUGGCUUCCUAAAUUGUGCAAGUGUUCCUUGUGGAGCACCACAAAAGGCUUCUGCCAGAGAAUUACCACCACAGGAAAAGGUUUGGUUCGAGACUUGGAAAUUUUGGAGCCUGUGAUGAUGAUUUCUACAAAUGUAUUAAUUUUCCAAGUUUUUGGGUCGAGAUGCUCUGAAGGAAGUAAUUGAAAACGCGAAAUUGUAUCAGCUACAAGUUCCAAACCUAGCAAUGCAGUGAACAUAAAGUUCAUAUGAAAGUAUGAAACACAUUAAUUACAGGGUUUCUUUUCUUUCAUUUUUUUUAAUUGAAUUUUUUUUUUUUUCAAAUAGCUUGUUUAUGAACUUUUUCUUGAAUCAAUAGAAGAUAACUAAUGA